AUGGUCCUCACUUCCUCCUUCUCCCCUGCGCAGGUUGUAGAAGAACUGAAAACCAGUAGCUGCAGCCGGGUGCUAGAGAAGUACGACUCCUUCUCCACCAAGGAGUAUCUGAUCAAGGUGGGGAACCUGAGCCGCGGGGCCGUGCAGAUGAUCGGCGACUUGCUCAACGCAGACUCUGGCUACUACGAGGCCUUCACAGAAACCCUGCGUGGCAUCAUCUCCUUCUUCCAGGAGCCUCGGUGCGAAAUGGGGGUGGGGAGAUUCUCUGGAAUGAACAGACACUGCCAACUGUUGAUCUCCCUCACACCUGACCAGAACAUGUUGCUUAGAAGAGUCAGCCUCUUGGCCCAAUCCAAGCACCCCAUCCCCUGCCUGCCUGUCCAUCAACCUGCCUCCCUUUCCCUCCUUGGUCUGUUUGCUCUCAGGUUUGAUGAAAUCAUCGGGGGCUUUGACCAGCUACCCCAGGCCCUGCAUCAGUCCCUAGUGCCCGGGACGGUGCGGCUUCACUCACCGGCAGAGACAGUGGAGAUGUCGGGAGACUACAUCUAUGUCACCUACAGGACACCAGACCCUCUGUGGCCCAGGGCACAUCUGACUGCGGAUUAUCUGGUUGUGGCCACCACAGCCAAGGCUGCCCGGCUCCUCCAGUUCCGGCCCCCCCUGUCCCUCAGCAAGGAGGAUGCGCUGCGCUCUGUCCACUACAACAGCGCCACCAAAGUGGUCCUGGCCUGCACACAGCGCUUCUGGGAGAGGGACGGCAUCUUCAGUGGCAAGUCCAGCACCGACCGGCCUUCCCGUUUCACCUACUACCCCGGCCAGAUCUUUCCCAAUGACACAGGGGUCAUCCUAGCCUCCUACACCCUCGACGACGACUCCCUGUUCUUCGCAGCCAUGGACCAUAGCCGGGUGGUAGAUGUGGUCUUUGAUGACCUGGCUGCCAUCCAUGACUGCCCCAGAGAGGAGCUCCGGGCCCUGUGUCCCUACUCCAUGGUGAAGCACUGGAGCCAGGACCCCUACGCCAUGGGGGGCUUUGCCUUCUUCACCCCCUACCAAUAUGUGGACUACGCCCAGGAGCUGAGCCGUCCUGAAGGACGGGUCUACUUUGCUGGUGAGCACACAGCCCUGCCCCACGGCUGGAUUGACACCGCCAUCAAAUCAGGGCUCAAGGCAGCAAAGAGCAUCCAAGAGGCCGUGGACUUGGCUUCCACACAAGACUGUGGGGACCGGAAAGAGGCCUACCCUAAAUCCGAGCUGUAGCCAGCCUAUGGCAGCCAGGGAUGGGGAUGCUUUUAAUCACCCCCAUCCUCUAAGGAAAAUUCCAGCUCAUAAUCUCAUUCACCUUCAGCUUGGUCCAAAAAUGUCAGACAAGCUGGUGAGUUUACAGCCCAAAAUG